UCACAUGGCCACUGUCACUGUGUGUUGUGUGUUGUCAUGUUGUUAAUAAAUAUUUCUUUACGAUUCGUUAGUCGUAUCGGUAUUUCAGCUUUUCGUAAAAGUAACUUGUGAACACUUUGUCAGCUGUGGGAAGUCUAUAUAAUACUAUAAAUAAACUAUUAUAACUAUCAAGUCCUAACUCGAGGACAAGUGCAAUUAUUUCAACUCUGAUUGUUUGCUAGUUAAUUUAUAGUAAAUAAUAAAUUUAUUAUUAAAUUUGGUUGCCAUCUUCUAAUUAUGCUAGGUUGUUGUUGGUGUUGUUCAGCUUUGAGGCCGAGAUAUAAAAGACUUGUUGAUAAUAUUUUUCCAGUUAAUCCUCAGGAUGGGCUAGUCAAAAAUAAUAUGGAAAAAUUAACUUUUUACUCGUUAAGUAGCCCAGAAAAACUAGAUAGAAUUGGAGAGUACUUAUUUCAACGUGCUUCAAGAGAUAUUUAUAGACGACGAAAUGGAUUCGUUGUUAUUGCCAUGGAAGCAAUGGAUCAGCUACUACUUGCUUGUCAUGCUCAAACUUUGAAUCUUUUUGUUGAAAGUUUUUUGAAAAUGAUUCAGAAGCUUUUAGAGUCUACAGAUCCUCAAUUACAAAUUUUAGCCACACAAUCGUUUGUCCGCUUUGCCAACAUCGAAGAAGACACGCCAUCUUAUCACACACGUUAUGAUUUCUUUGUAUCAAAAUACUCAGCAAUGUGCCACGCCAACAAUGACAACCAUGACGUUCGUAAGCAAAUUCGGCUUGCCGGAAUACAAGGCCUACAGGGUGUCGUGAGAAAAACUCUUUCUGAUGACCUAGUAGAAAAUAUUUGGGAAUCUGUACACAUGGACAAGAUUGUUCCAUCACUUUUGUAUAAUAUGCAAAGUUCAAGGUAUGCAGACAAAGAAAAUGCAACAGUAGAUAGUCCGACAGAAGAAAGGUCUGAUCCUCCUCAAUUCGCUGAAACAUGUAUGCGUGAACUUGUCGGUCGGGCAUCUUUUGGUCACAUACGUUGUGUUAUUCGACCUGUGUUACGACACUUAGACAAUCAUCAAUUAUGGGUUCCCAAUUAUUUCGCAAUACAUACAUUCAGAAUAAUUAUGUUUUCUAUUCAAUCACAAUAUUCUUACACCGUUGUCGAAGCUUUGAUGACUCAUCUUGAUGAUAAUUCAAAAUCUUCACCGAAAAUUCGAACAAGUAUUGCAGACACACUGUCAAAAAUAAUUGCUAUCGCCGCGGGAGAGAGUGUGGGGCCAUCCGUGUUGGAGAUUAUAAAUUCUUUGCUUUCUCAUUUGCGUAUCAGUGUAACAAGAAACCAGUAUUCUAGUAAUGAUGAGCAGCUCUAUCAAGAAGCUCUAAUUAACGCUUUGGGAGAAUUUGCUAAUCAUCUUCCAGAUUAUCAAAAAAUUGAGAUAAUGAUGUUUAUUAUGAGUAAAGUACCUUGCAGUCAACCUGAUCGUUUCAUUACUGUUGGAAAAGGAGACGUGUUAUUACAAAGUAUACUUUUAAAAUCUUUGUUGAAGGUUGGUACGAAGUAUCAAACUAUUCACUUGAAUACAACAUUCCCACCAAGUUUUUUGGAGCCUUUAUUACGAAUGUCUCUCGUAGCCGACUCUGAGAUGAGGCUUUUAGUGCAAAAAAUUUUCCAUACAUUAAUUGACAGGCAUCAUAAUAUUAAUAAGCUCACAAAGCCGACAGUCAAUAUAUCGGACCUUGAUCUUCUUGUUAACAAAUCAUCUCGUCCAGAUGUAAUAUUCAUUCGAAAACAUGGCCCCGAAAUAUAUUUAACACUCUAUGAAUCAAUAGAGCUUUCUAGCAAUACCGUCGAAAACAUUGAAGCAAUAUACACAACAUUGGCUCUUCUUAUCGUUGAAUUGGCUUCUGAAGAAACUGUUCUGGAACAGUUAAGACUUAUUUUGAGUCUUCAAGAUCUCGCUUUAACCAAUAGUCAGCUCAGUAUAACAUUGAAAUUGAACUUACAUGCGAUUGUUGUGAGUCUAUUGAUUCUUAUUUCUCAUGUUUGUAACUUAAGUCUUCUCAUUGAUUAUAGUGAAAAAAUUAUUAAGGCUCGUGAAAAAGAAGGGGCGUAUUUGUUGCCACCGUUAAAAUCACAUUACGAUAAUGAUUUGCCGAGCAAAUUUUCGAGUUCUAUGCUAAUUGACCAAAGUAUAGUUACCGAGUACUUGAAAAUAGCCGGUUUCGACAUCGGAAAGUUACAGCAAGGUUCAAAAUACAAUAGCAGUUCGCUGCAACAUCGUCAUUCUUGGGUCGACACUGCUGGACGCACUUCAAUUACAGACAUUAAUACUGGUAGUGUAGAGUUAGAUAGCGGAGGAUCAUCACCAGGAAUGCAGAAAAAGUUAGUUGUCGAAGAGUUAACUUUUGAAAGUAUGAAGAAAAUAUUAACUGAAUCUAACAACAAUCAGAAUGAAGAUGAAGAAAAAAGAGUACAACUAUCAGAAUAUUUCAGAAACGCCACCUUCCAAGAUCUGAUUAUAAAAACUCAACCUCAACACGACGUAUUGCAGAGUAAACUAUCUGAUAUAUUUAAUUCAUUAACAAUGGAGCCAAGAAAUUCAUCUCAACAGAAUAUUCAAACAGUUGAUACCAAACUGAAUCAAACACCUGCAUAUGAAAUUCAUUUUCCCGAAUUAUUUGUUUACUAAAUUUUAUAGUUAGUAGUUUGCUAUAGGAUGUUAUUUAUUUUGUAUUUGGUGCGAUAGAUUAAUGUUUGUAGCUGUAGGUGUACAUUCAAAGCCUUGAAAGUUAAAUAAAUCGCCAAUGGAUCCGAAUUACGGUAAAUUACCGACUUUUACUGCAACUUUGCCGCAUUUCAUGAUAAUUUGCGCCAAAAUACCGUAUUUUCACUUUAAGACAGAAAUACUUCACUUAUUUAUUUAUUUAUAACGCAUUUCUGCAAUUUACAAUAUAAUAUAAAAUUUUAAUUAGAUUAUUUGAUACGCAAGAUAGAUGCUCACAAAGAUAAAAAUUUAAUUUUAAUUAAUAUUUAAAUAAAUCAUAUGUUGACUUUUUGAAUUCGUCCAUUUUACCUCCAAAGAAUUCUAUUUUACCAGAGUAAUUGUUGACUGCAUCAAGAAACCUUAUCCAUGGGCUAUUUUUAAUGAAUAGCUUUUUCGUAGUGGGUAUAUGGACUAGGCGGCUAUUCCUCAAGCCAAAUUUCGGGACAUUCAGUUCUGUUUGUCUUAAUAAGUCCGGAGUUACAAAAUAACUAUUAAUAAUUUUAAAGAAACAACAAAGCUGGUAAUACGAAUGUCGCGUUUGUAAUCUCCAUAUAUUCAGUGAAGUGUAUUGAUCUACCACGUUUGUUGCAAUCCCAUUCAUCUUGAGUAGAUAUACAGUAAAUUUUAUCAAUUUACGCUGAAAAGCCUCAAGUCUAUUUAUUUGAUAUUUUUGGUAGAGAUACCAUAUUAGUAUACCAUACUCUAAUGUUGGUCUCACUAGUGAGAUGAACAGCAAUUUCAAGGUGACCAUUUAUGAGAAAAUUUUUCCUGCUCUUAAAAUGCAUCCCAUAACCCGAUUCGCUUUAGAUAUCACCAUAUUUAUAUGAGUCUUAGAGGAAAGUUGAUUAUCAAAUAUUACUCCUAGGUCCUCAAUUGAUUAUAGCUCUUGCAAUGGUAAAUUAUCUAUUAAACUUAACGGUAAACAACCGUAAGUUACUGCCAAAUACCAUAACUUACAGUAAAAUACCUAUUUUACCGCAAUUUUUCCGAAUACCGUAAAUUACGGUAAUUCGCAAUUUACGGUAUUUUACCGUGAUUUGGAUCCACUAGGGAUGAGUCGAAAAAAAUUAUAACCCGAGAAAAAAUGGUAUGAUCUGAAGUUCUAUAUAAUUAUAUCUGAACGUUUGCAUGUAACUAGAUCAAAAUAUUGGCAGGAUCCAACUAUAUAUAUUAUAUGUUUAUAAAUAAUUAUACAAGAUUUGUAUAGUUAUAUAUUACCAGAUCUAGUCAUUUUUUCUCAGAUAAACUUUGAAAUAAUAAAAAUAAUUAAAUUUUAAAAUUAAUUUCUAGUAUUACAGUUACAUGUCGUAAUGGUCAAUAAUCAUAAUUAUUAUUAACGAAUUGCUCCUUUUGUCGAUAAAAAUUUAAUUCCCGUUUUCACUGGGAAUGUCUAUGAAUUUAUCCCAAAAAUCUAAUCAAUCGUAACAAUAACUAAGCUAAUUAUUCAAAUGUAAAUUGACAUUAAAAGACCAUAAAAGAACAUCUACCUAUUUCUUUUUUCAUUUUUUUUCAUUGUUUCGAAAGCCAUGUCUACUUAUAUAAAACUAUGCCUUAUUAGAUAUAAUUAUAUACAUUUAUAUAUGAUUAUAUCCAAUUAUAUAUACAGUCGGAUUCCAUUAACUCGGACAGCUAGUCUACGGAGGAGCGAAAAUUUCGCGGACAUUCCGACUAGUCGAAUGCUACUUCGCUUUUGAAAAGUAAACUACACGCAUGUGCUCUUACAUCUACAUGUAUGGUACAGAUAUAAACAUACGAAGGCUCAUACACAUUCAUAGCAUCGGGUUUUUCAGGUUUUCCAGAAAUGUGACCAUCAUGAAAAAAGUUUUCUAAACAACUUGGAGUUUAUCGGUUUUCUAAACUGAGAACGACAAUGUAGAAUAUAACAUUAACAAAAUAAAAUCCAAUAUACUGUCAAUUGACAUUAAACGUAUGUGUCGUUUCGUGACUGAAAAAAAUCGUAGACCAAAAUUUUUCUUUUUCUUUAUUUUACACUAUUUUUAAAUUAUAUCAUAUUUGUUAUUUACAUUAUGUAAUUGCAAUAU